CGACAAAGAUGUCUCCCGCGGAGGGCUGGACAGAGGGAGAGAAGCUAAUAGGAGGCCGCUUUGAAUCGAAGUGGAGGAAGGGCAGCCAAUGAGACCGCGGCACCUUGCAGAGACGCUGAGGCUGCUCCGCUGCCAGGGAAGUAGCAGUGAAAAAAAGCGAAAUUGUCGCUGAGAGGAGCAGAAAUCCUCCAACUGCCGCGUUGUUUUCAGUGAUGUAGAGAAAAAGGACUGAGUUGCUCUUUAAUAAAACAGCAGGACCCAUGACCCUGACACGAGGUUCCUUCAGCUACUCCAAUGGCGAGGAGUACCACGGCGAAUGGAAAGAAGGUCUGCGUCAUGGCCUGGGACAGCUGACCUUCAGCGACGGGACGUGCUACACCGGACAGUUUGAGAACGGCCUCUUCAACGGCUGCGGGGUGCUGGUCUUCCCCGACAGCUCCAGGUAUGAAGGGGAAUUUGUGCAGGGCAAAUUUCAAGGCGCCGGCGUCUUCACUCGCUUCGACGGGAUGAGGUUUGAGGGCGAGUUUAAAGGCGGAUGUGUGGACGGCUACGGAGUGCUGACGUUUUCGGGCGGCGGCGGUGGCCAGGAGGGCCUGUUUGAGACCAACCAGCUGAUGAGGAGGGAGAACAGCCAGGGAGCCGUGCAGAGAGCGCAGGCAGCAGCCGCCAAGGCCCGAGCUCUGGCCAUGUGACCCGGACUACAUCACCCACAGUGCCCCACUUCCAGGAUCCCCAUCCUCUCGGUUAGAAGGGCUGAUUAUGUUAUUUAUGGAGAGAUUGCUUAUAUUCUUUUCUUUGGUUUCCUUCUCAUGUCAGUAAGAUUUUGCUCUUUUACAUAUAUUUUAUUUCUCUUUCCUGUAACAUCCAGUAUUAUCUGGAGUAGAACUUAAUGGCUCCAGUUUCAGUUCUCCAAUUCUCUUUUUUUGCAUCCGAUUAGAAAGCCACUGAUUCAGGAUCAGCUGAGGCCAAACCCAGAUUAACUGCUCAGUCAACACAAUGGUGCUAACCCUGCCUCAGGCUCAGCUCAUCUGACAAAACACAACUCUGGAUUCAAAAGUGCAUAUGGAAGUUCCAGUAAACAUUGAUUUGGUGUUUUUUUUUUUUUUUUAAUCUGGGUUUAAAUGAGAAUACAUUUUGAUUUUCCUUAACCAAUCACUAGAGACCAUCCUAUGCGUCUGAAUCUAACGUAAUUUUAUGUCGACACUGAUGCGUAGCCAAGCCAAGCCAACAUACUGGUUUCGCUGGGGUUUAAAAGUGGAGCGGAGCAAAGUAAAAACAAACGAUACGACGUUGGCCGAUAUUUAGACGGCUCAUCAAGACCGCAGCGAUGUCAUGUCACAUUGCAAGACGAAUCAGUCAACUCGGUGGAGUGGCCCGACUCAAAGGUCUAGACCCAGGCAAACAUUAAAGUUAUUAAAAUAA